GGACAAACCGCAGAGCUUGGCAGCUGGUGAGAGACGUUAGAAGCGUCGUGAAUAGAAGUUUCUGGAUAGUUGUUUUUGCAGACAAUGAGAAAGAAAAUAACUAUUUAAAACACUCGACAACGGACUUAAACGACGUCGCCUCCUAUAACACCAAGACCACAGGAGAUACUACUACUGUUGAAUACAGCAAAGAAGACAACCAUGCCUGCUCUCUCUUCUACCACUGAUAUCAGCUCACCUCCUUCCCCAGUGGACAGUAGUCCAAGGAGGAUGUCCUGGGGCAAACUAGUGCAAAGAUUUACAGAUUUCAGCACAUCCGGCAAUAGCAGUAGUAUAGAGUCUGGAUCUAACAAUGGCAGCAGGAGUGAUCUCUCAGAGUCAGGCUCAGAUGACUCCAGUGACCUGUCACCUUGCAACGAAGACCUGUUCUACGAUCCAAUGGAGGAGACCAUCCUCAAAGAAGUAGUGGAUCUUAUUGCACGAAGCCUGAGAGAAGCCAAAGACUCAGACUGCGCCUUACGAUGCACAAAACUACUUAUUCCUGAGAAACUUCUUGAGCAUAUCGGACAGGAGCUCCUUCACUUGGCAGCUAGCGAGCCGUGCGGCUUAAGAGGGGCUCUCAUCGACCUGUGUGUGGAGCAGGGGGCCUUCUGUGAGAGCAUGGGGGAGCUGUCUGUGGACCCUUACCUUGUCCCCACCUUUCAGCUGACUCUGGUGUUAAGGCUGGAGUCUGGUGGACUGUGGCCAAAAAUCCAAGGACUUUUUAGCACAAAGUCUCCUUCCACUCCAGUAGUGAGACAAGAGAUCAAGCUUAGCACUGGUUUUCGUGUGAUAAAGAAGAAACUGUAUUGUUCAGAAGAACUGCUUAUUGAGGAAUGUUAAAUAUUAUCUAUGCCUUUUAAAUGAGCUCACAGAAGAGCCUUAUUACUGUAACUACACGUAUAUGAUGCCUUCUGAAGAGAGAGGAUGGACUAUGUUACGGUACAGCCUAUUGUUCCUAUUGUAAGGGAGAUGAAGGUACCUGAAGCAGGUGUUGCUUCAGCACCCACUCCACACUGGUGGUUGGAUUUUCUAAUGCGUUACCAUCCUGAUGUAUCAGCUAAAUAGGCAUUUUGCAAGCAUUAAAGUGCGUACCUCAGUUUCUAUUGAAACAAUAUGAAAGGCAGCUAGCUAUAUGGUUAUAUUCAUUAAAGACCAUUGUGUUUUUUUUUUGUUUUUGUAAGUGGCAAUUAAUUGUAACGUUUACCAGUUGAUGAAUUGUACUCCAACCAUACUAUUAGGGACCUAAGUGACUGCUUUACUUUAAGAGCAAAGACGUACCACUGCUUGCCUUGUGCAGUUUAUGUGCAAGCUGCAGCUAAAUAUUUCAAACUUUAUCUUGUAUCUGUGUGGACCUGUUCGCAUUCAGCCUUAUUUAUUUGACAUUCAAAUACUCAUAUCAUUGCACUGUUUUUGUACUUUCAUGAUGCAAAUAAAUUAUUUUUUUCUACA